UCAGCAGGAACUCCAUGAUCUACCGGAUCAAAGGGCAGCCCUCCAAGGUCUUCAAGUUCAAGGGUGGCUUUCGAGAAUACCAACUCCAGAAGGCCGCCGGGGACUGCGCCAUUCCCGUCUGUGGGAAGGUGAUCGGCAAGCUGAACAUCGGGAAUGGCCGGCUCUACUUCGACGGCUUCAUCAUGGAUCUCGCGACUCCCCUUUCAGCGCCCGGCGCCGUGCCGCCAUCGCAGCGCCGGAGCAUCAUGCACCAGAUGAUUCACGUCGUUGAGCGGCUGCACACGAGAGGCAUUGUCCAUGGCGAUGUGAAGCUGGAGAACAUGCUUCUCGACAACCAGGGUCUAGUGCGGCUGUGCGACUUCGGUGAGGGGCGGUAUGUCGACGAGGACGAGCGGGUCUGGCAUGGAGCUACGACCAUGCCUUUUGAGUCGCUAAACAGGCUCCAGAGGGCCGAAGAGUCUGGACGUGACCCGUCGCCGCCUAUUGUGGAGGAUGAUAUGUUUGGGCUUGGCCUGAGCAUCUGGCAGCUGCACACUGGGGAGACUCCGCAUGGGGAGUUUGCCGAUGAUGACAUAGAGCUCAAGGAGAGACAGCGGAAGGGACAAACAGUCGACGUGGCUGCGGUGCAAGAUCCGGAGACCCGUGAGAUCAUCACAAGCCUCCUCCGGAUGGGAGGAGCUCGUAUUUAGUGCGGAGAGUGUGGAUUGUUGAUGAUUGCUCGCGCAGUGGUUCCGGGUAGUUUAGAGCUGGAAUAGAACAUUUGGUUUGGC